UUAUCCCUUCUUUUUUCAAGGGGGUGGGGGGUGACAGCAAGAGGCUUAACGAGGCGUGAAGCGUAACCGUGCGAGGGACAAAGGCGCAGGUAGGGGGAGAAAUAGCGAAAGUUAGGAGCGGGAGAGAAAGUAGGGGGAGAUGAAAAACAGAAUGGAGAGAGAUGGACGUGCCGCGGUGAGAAAAUGCACAGUCCGAAACCCAUAAAACCGAAACAAAUCGGUGUUUUCUACUCAUGACAGGGUACGGUGACGUGGACAAUGCCGGAUAGACUGAGAAGUUUUCUUUCUUUUUCGUUUUCUUUUUUAAGAUGAAGUUCAUCCCCGCUCUCCUUUUUUUGCCUGGGAGUCGUAGUGUUUGGAUGAGGUGGAAAUCCUGCACAGCACUACGGGGUUUUAUCGUAUCCUGACCGGUGAGUUACACUCCUGCAACAAGCUCGUCUUUUGUGUUACAAACUGUCAAACCGUGCAGCGCGCUGCAAGAGAGAAGCCCAGUCUUACCCCCAGUAUAAAUGGGCUUUUUUUUUUUUUUUUGCUUGUACUUUUAAUAUAAAUGCAGGAUGUCGCCAAGGUUAUCGGAAAGGUUGUGGACGUGGGGAUUUCUAAAGUGAAAGUUGGCUGUUCUGUGAAAUAGAGCGGCUGCAUCGGGGAAGGAAACAUGACAACUUGGUUCUGCGCCCUGGCCAUUUUCGGCUGGGUGCUGGUAGCGCUCGAUGCCCAUUAUGUCUGCUGGCAGGCGCUUCUUCGGUGUCAGCAAGAAAAAGACUGCGAACUAGCCUACAACCAGUACCUAGCGGCAUGUGAAGCUAAUAUUAGGGGGAAAGGACGUCAAUGUCCCAGUCACUGCAUCAGUGCCUUGGUAAGACUAAAUCAGACUCGCAAUGGGCCAGAUCUGGAAACAUGUGACUGCGGCCAAGACACACAAUGUAGGAGGGCGAAACGGGCGAUCGAGCCUUGCCUUCCAAGAAGACAUCCUGGAGACGCCUCGGGAAUAGGAUGCACUGAAGCCCGCCAGCGGUGUGAGGAAGAGCCCAACUGCAACUCCAAACUGACCGCCUACCUGUCCAACUGUGGCCAGUUAUUCAAUGGCAGGAGAUGCACGACAAGGUGCAGGACCACAAUCCAACAGAUGCUCUUAAUUCCCAGCGGGAUGUUGCUGAACCGCUGCGUGUGCGACGGCGUGGAGAGACCUUUCUGCGAGGUGGUGAAGGACAACAUGCGCAAACUCUGCUCUAUUGGGGAUAACGGCGUCUCCACGUCGUACGGGGAGAUGGACGAUGUUGUGUACGAGGAUGAGGACUAUGAAAUGAAGUCGGAGAGAGAGGACACGCAGUCCGAUUCGGGGGUCCCUCUGUCCGGUGCCUCCAAGUUGCCCUCUUGCUUUAUUUUGUUGCAUUUGGCGAUGUUAAUAUUCUACUGGUGCAGACAUUUCUGAAAUUGCAGGGAGAGCUAUACGGAAAACGUAGAUGGGAGACGGCUUGUUAAAUUUGUGCGAAGGGUACUUGGUGAUAAAUAUUUGGGAGAUGGAUUAUCAUAUGAAACGAGGGUAUCCUUUUGUGUGUGUGUGUGUGUGUGUGUGUGUGUGUGCGCAAAGAUCUGUGAAUGCAAUCAAAAAAGUAAAAAUGCCAAAAGUAUCGUAUUUAGUUUGGUUACUUAUGUUAAAAUUAGGGUUGGG